UAUUGCCUAAGCAUUAUCUUAGGCCACCCAAUUUAUUAACAAAUUAUUGGUUUAUCAUAGAUCAAUCAUUGGUCAUCAUUACUUCAUAGUGACCUCUGGUCAAUAAUAACAAUAUAUUGCCCACAAUUUCAAAGGCAACUUUACGUCCCUUGACUAAAAGUCAAUUCGCAUGCCAACAUAAAAUACUACUUUAACUUAGAACUACUAAAACCACUACAGAUUGGAGAGUUGCAAAAAUAUAUAUAUAUGAUCUUUAUCUGAAAGGGUUCUGCUGCUUCGUGUUGACGCCGCAGGUGAAAGAACAUUUGGUCUUUGCUUCACAUUUGAGCUUUGAAGUGCAUUACAAUAAACACCCUUUUAUUUUUCAGAUAAGGAAGUAUUUUGAAUAUUGCAGUCAAUGGCAAAUGACAAAAGCACCAACAGUUACGAGGAGGCCCGUAGGAAAAGGGUUCUGGACAAUAAGAAACGAUUUGAGGAUCUGGGGAUUUUGAAUAUAUCUAAAAACCUUUCUGAUCUUACAAAAUCCGAGAAGAAGUCCGACUAUAAAACCGAGCUACGGCGAGUUAGACAAAAAGCAAAUGAUGUUUACAUGUCAGAGCCAAGAAGGUCUGCACGAGCUAGGAAUCCUGUUCCAACUUACCGUGAUGAAAUUAAUUUAGAGCUUCCAUCUUUGCGGAAGAGAUCAAAAUUCAGCUCUUCAUGGGCAAGUUAUCUAGCAAGACCAUUGGAAGAAGUGAAAGUUGCUUCAUAUGAAGAGAAGGUACAAGCUUUAAAGUUUGCAGAAAAGCUCCACAGUAAUCUGCAAUCGGGAAAUCCCUUUUUUAUCAAGACUAUGGUUCGAUCUCAUGUCUACAGUUGUUUCUGGUUGGGACUUCCUACUAGAUUUUGUCAAGAUCAUCUUCCCAAAUCUACUGUAAAUGUUCUGCUAGUGGAUGAGGAAGGUUUAGAGUAUGAAGCUCUCUUUAUCGGCAAAAGAACUGGACUAAGUGGAGGAUGGAGAGCAUUUGCACUUGAUCAUAAGCUGGAUGAUGGGGAUGCUCUAGUAUUUGAAUUGGUUGAGCCCACAAAAUUCAAGGUCUACAUUGUUCGAGCAUCCCAAUGUUCAAGUGGAGUGGAUACAUCUGGUGCAGAAAAAGAAGAGAGUGAAGCUGAAGAAACAUCAAAGAGUAAAACAAGGAAAAGAAAGAAAAGUAGCAACAAAUCAGAAGUUCCAACAAUAGCUAAAGAAGAUGACUCUGUAGUGGUGGCUUCAGCCACGAGACGCAGUACUAGAAGAAAGUAAAGAAGCAUCAUUCUGUAGGCAUGUUAAAAAUUAAGCCUUUGUUAUCGGUAAGCAUAUCAAAGUUCACUGAAGAUUUUGCAAGACGCGUUAAAAUAUUUGGCAGUAAAUCUCAUUUGCCAAUAGCUAAUUAGGUAAAGCUUCCCUUGGGAACUCUUGACAGUUAAAAGAAAUGCAACUGCAGCUUUGUGAAAUCUUAGUGCCUUGCUUUUGCAGCUCCUUCAGCAUACAUGAGUUUGGCUAGUUGUAGAAUGAGUCACUACUGCCUCAUUACUUAUAUUGAUUGAUUGAUCAAUGAAGUACUGUUUGGGUCGA